CGUCAUAGAAUACACUUUUCACUUGUGUAUGUGUGAUGAGAUGUCCAGCUCCGCUCUGGAAGCCCAUAACCUGAGGUAAGCAAGAUAAAGGAGCCGAGAAUCCAGGAACUGACUACAGACUGGCCAUCAGCACAAAGGGGAAAUGCCAGGUAAGCAUACAGGAAAGCGCGGACAACACACCUUGUCACACCGAAGCCGCCUUCAUGUUCAACUUAGAGCUGAUCAGUGUCAAAUGCUGCCGCUGCAGUCUCAUCCAUGGAUUUCAAGAAAUGCCGAAAGUUCCAUGUCUUUUUGGUUCUCGCCCUGGUCUUUGUCAUCAGUUGCAGCGUCUCAUACAAGUGGUCGAUCAGUGGCAGGAGGCAGGAGGCAGUACGCGGCAAGGUCACCAUUCUGGUCUGGCACUGGCCCUUUGGAAACAUCUCCACAUUGCAGAAGGACGAGUGCUGGGACAGUUACCAUGUCCCCGGCUGCAACCUUGUGGACAACCGCAGUCUCCUCUCUCAGGCUGACGUGGUGGUCUACCACAACCGUGAACUGCAAAAUGGUGUUUCCAAGCUGCCCCUUGACCUGCCUCGCCCACCAGCACAAAAGUGGGUGUGGCUUUCCCUGGAGUCUCCAAGCAAUAAUGGGGAUCUGAGACAGUAUGGAGGCCUGUUCAAUUGGACCAUGACAUACCAGAGUGAUGCUGACAUCUGCUUGCCCUACGGAGAGCUGAUUCCCAGAACAACCAAAGGCAAUUAUACUAUCCCUGCUAAGCAAACCCUGGCCUGCUGGGUGGUCAGCAACUUCCAGUCAAGUCAGAAAAGAUCUGAAGUGUACAUGAGUUUGAAGAACUUGAUCCCUGUGGAGGUUUAUGGACACUGGGCUAAUAAGCCACUAAAUGACGAACAGGUGUUACCCAUUAUUUCUCAGUGCUACUUCUACCUGGCCUUUGAGAACUCAGUGUAUAGAGACUACAUAACAGAGAAGCUGUGGUACAACGCCUUUCUGGCCGGCACUGUGCCAGUUGUGUUGGGCCCACCUCGAGCUAACUACGAGGCCUACAUUCCUAAAGACUCCUUCAUCCACGUGGACGACUUCGCCUCCAUUACAGAACUGGCCACUUUCUUAAAUGAGUUAGCCUCAGACAAAGAGCGAUACAAUUCAUACUUCCGUUGGCGCAGUGAUUAUUAUGUUAAAAUAUUCCACAGCUGGUCAGAGGAAUUUUGCAAAAUAUGUAAAAUAUAUGAACGCCUGCCACCCAGAAAGAUCUAUGAUGACUUGGAUUCCUGGUCCAGGCAUGAACCAUGAACUUAAUCUGGGACAGCGAGCUGGAGACCCGGGCUGCAUUAAAUAGCACAAGCUAAUCUAUCUAAUAUAUUUAAUAAUUUUAAAAUCAAGCCUUUCUUAAUAAAUAAUUAUGACUAAAGCAUUACAGAAUGUUAACAAUUUUUUUGUAGACAUUUGACAGAUGUUGAUAUUACUGUUGAUGUUAAUUAUUAAUGCUGUCCAUAUCUACCUGGGUACUGUACUGUACUGUUGCCAUGUUCUGCUUUUAGCCUAUUCUUGUGUAUGCUGAAUUAAUCCGAUUUUCAAAUUUCUCAAAUCAAAGCUGACAACUGGACCAUCUAUUUCAUUUUCUGGAAUAAUUAAAACUCAUAAAGUUUCCAUAAUUUAGAGAUAGUAGAAAAUUACAAAUGUUGAACAAAGACAAGUGGCACCUA